GUCUCCUGCUUCAACAGGAAACUGCUGUGCACUUUACUGCAAGAUGCGCCCUGUGCGAAUCUGAAGGGAGUGUGCAGGAACACCUGCAUAUGUCUGGGGCAGACCUCCUCCCAGGUGAUAUUACCAAGGCUCCCAGGUUCUUUGAGCUAGUACUUCAGCAAAUCUGGGGGAGGACUCCAGAUCAAGAGCGGUCUCCUACAGCUUAGGGAAAGUUGAGGGAAAGCCCAAGCUUUGAGACGUAAAAGUCGAGGCGAGCAAGGCAAACGGCUUGAACAGAGGUGGCUUCAGCACCAGAUUUUGGAGUCUGCCUUUAAAAAGCUCUUCUUUCAAAGUUGAGGUUCAUUCCCCGUGAACCUGAGCAUCUAGAAUACAGUUCAAUCUGCCAAAGCGCAACGUUCCUUUCCCUCUGCCACAGGUCUAGCUGCUUUUCUGCUUACGAGGCGGGUUUUGUGCAGUGACUCCAGCCCCGAAGCCAUCAUGAAUGGCGCCUAUGUUUCCAAUGGGAACCAAGGGACCUAUGGGCCUAACAGCAAGUUCCAUGACGACGGCCUUCCAAAUCCUGCUGUGCGCCAAUACAAGAGGGAGAAGAGGGGGUGGUGCUCCUGUAGAGGCUUGUGUUGUUCUCUCUGCAUCCUUCUCUUUCUCAUCAUCCUAGCUCUCGGCAUCUUAGCACUUGUCGGCUACCUUGUGUUGAAGCCAAAGUCCCCAUCGUACAGCAUAACCAGCGCCUCAGUGCAAGAUUUCUCAGUAGCGCAAGGAAACAGUAGCACAGACGGGAAUGCCACGCUCUUCCUGACCUCAAGCUUAGCUCUCAAUCUGCUCACUAAGAACCCCAAUCGGCUAGAGAUCAACGUGAAGAAUAGCACAGUAGACCUCUUCUUCCAAACAAGACAGAUCGGCCAAGCGUUCAUCCCCGCAUUUACACAAGGCAAGAACUCAGAGAAGAAUGUGACCAUAAGCGCCUCCAUAGCCAACGUGGAUCUACUGAGCGAGUCCAGCAACUUCUUGGCAGCGUACAACAACGGUUCAGUGCCGCUAGCAACCAACAGUGUUAUCAAGGGGAACGUGAAGAUCUGGGGCAUCACCUCACCCCCUUUCCAGGGUACCCUGAAGUGCACUUUGAGCAUCGACCCCAGCACACGGCAGCUUCUCAGCAAGAGCUGCUCAGUAUCAAAUGUAAAGCUAGCCUAAAUUGCAAGCGCUAUCUAGAUUUUUAAUCUUUUAAGCUCGUGUGCACACGAGAACACAAACAUCUGAUCGGACAGAAAUGCUGUCGAGAACCUAGUGAACAGUCAGGUAUAACGGGUGUAAGAAUCCUGAAAUCAGUGAUUGCAUGCAAGCCUUAAAACGUAAAGUUAGAACUUGUAACAAAUAUUAAUUAAGUGAAGAUUAGUAGAGGCUGCGCACUGAGGUUAACAGCUAUAAGUUAGGCAUGAGAAAGUCAAGGACGAUUGUCCGACAUGAGUUUGUUGAAUAGUGGACUAAUUCAGAAACUGAGUGACUGUCUCUUAAUACUUACUUUACAUACGAGUAUACCGUCGUCCCGUUCGAUACGUACCGUAGUCCAAGGUAAUGAUUCCGAAUAAAUAAAUAAUUAUCUGCAUUCGGAAAGUCAGAUAUUCGGAAUUCUCGUUCGGAAAGUGAAAAUUCGGAAAGGUUAAAUAAUUCUAGAAUGGUCCUCGGAAGCCCCAAAACGGCC